AUGGACGUCCUACUCAACAGCACUGGGGAUCUUCCAGCUGCAAAGCACUUUCCUAUCAAUCCUCCCAGCACAAUAAAGACACGCGCUCACACAAGUCGAAACCACUUCGUCCGCGCCACAGCAAAGCGCCAGUCCCAACACAAAGGCGCCAACCUGUGCCGCGAGACCGGGUUUCCCUGCACGACUUCAAGUUUCGGAGAGACGCACUGUCUGCGCUGUGGACAACAGGAUAGCACAAACACAAACGGAGGCGCGCGCCGUCCCCAGCUCGAAAAGAUUCUACAUUACGAGAUCUCGACGGGGAAUUUGCAGCGCGCGAAUCCACGAUGGACACACGUCCAUCGGAACCGCAUCGCCCGGAAACAUGACCACUCCAGUCUUGGUGGUUCUUCCGAUGAGGUCGAGGGGAGAGAUCUUGCUAACAGCAGGAUCUCUCUGCCUGUCGACCGCUUUCGACUCGUGAGGAGGCCUACGCUUGAGAGGGAGGAGGCAUUCCGUGAUGCUUCGACUGCGAGGGGGAAUGUGUACCUUGGACGAAAGAUGCCCAUGACGGAGGAUGAUGAAAUCGCUGAGCUGUAUCGCAUGGGCCUGCUGUACGACGACGAGCAGGUUAGGGGCGAGGGCUUCAGCCUUGACAGUAUCAAGCACGAGGAGCCUACCUACUCCAUCCGCCCAGCCAAGCAGUCCCGCAAGAAGCGCGCUCAGAGCUUCAGCUUCAACCAGCCGCUGCAUCUUGAUCUCUCCUUCACAGACCUCGGCGGCUCCCAAGCCAUCGCCCAGAUCCUCUCCUCCGACGACACAGCCCCCUCUGCCACGCCAUCACGCACAUUCGCUCCCCUGCGCGUGAUAUACGAACUCGACGGUUCAAACCCCUCCUUCGACGUGGAUACCUCUCAACCUCCCGACUUGAUCUCAGAUUAUGACUGUGUUUCAGACAGUGAACUCGAUGAUUUACCCUCUCAGCGGGAAUUUCUAGAUAGUGCAGCUACGCCUGGUUCGGAGACGUGGGUGGUGCUAGGUGACGACUCGUAG